CCAAUCGUUUUUGUUUUGAUAUAAUGGAACGUAAUUUCAUCUGUCAAGUGUCAAUGUCACUCACAUUCAAAGUCAAAGAUUCGAGUUUUUAAUUUUUCUGUGGUUUUUCUUGUUUCUUGGAGGUUGUAAUUACAUAAUUUCAAUAGCAGAAUGUCUGGAGCAGAUAGUGUUGACGAGUCCCAACUAAAAGGACUCUCCAAAUACUUUAACAGUACAACGAACAGAGGCAGAGCUAAUGUAGCAAAGGCAACCUAUGCAGUGUUUGGUGUAAUUGCAUUAUACUUCACAUUAAAACCUAAAGCAAAAAAAUAAAACAAAUAAUAUGUGAUAGAUACUUCUUUAUUUUUAUUUAAGUGAAUUUCUUAAGAACAAUGUUUAAUUCUUUAGUGUGAAUAAAUAAUCAUGUGAA